AUGUUAUGUUGUGUAAGCAAUACUUUGAAUCACCUAACGCCUGCUACAGUUUCCAUCAAGCUUUUAGAUCGACUGGAGAAAUUGGUGCAGGAUUGGACAGUCUUACAUGCAAAUGGCUCGCAAUUGCUUGGAUCUCUGUCCAAUCUACACCAACAGCGAAAACUCACUUGGUCGUUUUAUAAACCAGCCACUCCUGCUUCAGAUGAUUACUCUAAUUCGACGAAUGCCAGUAUGGAUCUAGAUGUGCAACUUGCUAGCCAUCCUGCCAUUGUGCCUCCAUUUUUACAGCUCUUUCCAUGUGUCAUUGAUCGUCUUAUUAUGAAACAAACGUGUUCGCUGGAAAAAAUAAUGUCAAGUCUUGAUGAGCUUGUUGAUGAUUACCGCAAAACAGUGAACACGAUGCAAGCUCUAACCAAGGAUGCUCAUGCAAAGUCGCUUUCUUCACUCUAUGGUAAAGUGUUUUUGAGCACGGCAGAUCUCCCCACCUUUCUUGCUGCAGAUUGGAUUGACACAAUUGUUGCUGGGUAUCAACGGGAGCUGUUAUUCAAGGAAGAUCUAAUCUCAAAGCUAGAUUUGCGAAUGGACGGAAACAUUGAUGUUACUCGGCGACAAUGGGAAGUGACGCAAUGGUUGGACUUGAAAUUGGAAGUGGCAGUCAGAGAUCGUGUAAAGCUCGCUAAACAAACUUGUCGAUAA